UCUUGUUUUACGCCAUGUCAUCAUCUCCUUCCUCGAGACCGUUGGUUGAUUCAGCAAAGAUGAGAGGUCCACAAAAAUCUUCAAACCUAAACAUUUUCAAAGGCGCAAUUCUCUCUCGUCUUCUCCUCUUCUCCCAUGAAUCCAUUCUCCAACACUCUUUCUCUCCCCAAAACGCCAACUUUUUUUUCUCUUUCUCGCAUUCCAUUUUCUCGGGAAAAUAUCUGAGAAAAACAUAACCCAAUCACCAAGUUUCUCCCAUUUUUUUAUUUUCUUGAUCUUACCAAAGAGAUGGCUUCUUUACAAGACAUUGGUUUCUCUGCAGCGAUAAACCUAAUGUCUGCAUUUGCAUUCCUCUUUGCGUUUGCCAUGCUUAGGCUUCAGCCUGUUAACGAUAGAGUCUACUUCCCUAAAUGGUAUCUCAAAGGGAUACGAGGAAGCCCCACGCGUUCCAGAGGAGUCAUGAACAGAUUCGUUAACUUAGAUUGGACUACUUACGUCAAGUUUCUUAACUGGAUGCCUGCAGCUCUUAGAAUGCCUGAGCCUGAGCUUAUUGAACACGCAGGGCUUGACUCUGCUGUAUACAUCCGCAUCUACCUUCUUGGGUUGAAAAUGUUUGUCCCUAUAACAGUAUUUGCUUUUGGAGUAUUGGUUCCUGUUAAUUGGACUGGAGAAACGUUAGAUAAGAUCGAUGACUUGACAUUUAGUAAUGUGGAUAAAUUAUCAAUAUCAAAUGUUCCACCAGGAUCACCGAGGUUUUGGGCACAUUUAAGUAUGACAUACGUUUUCUCAAUAUGGGCUUGUUACGUGUUAUAUAUGGAGUACAAGACUGUGGCUACUAUGAGACUGAGACAUUUAGCAUCUGAAACUCGUCGUCCUGAUCAACUCACCGUACUUGUGAGAAAUGUUCCUCCAGAUCCAGAUGAAUCAGUUAACGAGCAUGUUGAGCACUUCUUCUGUGUAAAUCAUCCAGAUCAUUAUCUUUGUCAUCAGGUAGUGUACAAUGCAAAUGACCUUGCAAAAGUAGUAGCACAGAGAAAAGCCAUGCAAAAUUGGGUGACUUAUUACGAGAACAAAUACGAGAGGAAGCCAUCAAGUAGACCAACAACAAAGACAGGUUACGGAGGUUUUUGGGGAACUACAGUAGAUGCAAUAGACUUCUAUACUUCCAAGCUACAAAAUCUAGCCGAGCAAGAGGCUGUAGAAAGAGAAAAGAUCAUGAACGAUCCAAUGGCUAUAGUUCCAGCAGCAUUUGUUUCUUUCAGAUCACGGUGGGGAACAGCUGUUUGUGCUCAGACACAACAAUGUCAUAACCCCACAAUAUGGUUGACAGAAUGGGCUCCUGAACCAAGAGAUGUGUUCUGGGAUAAUCUUGCUAUUCCAUAUGUUGAGCUCUCAAUAAGAAGACUGCUCACAACCAUUGCACUCUUCUUUCUUAUUUUCUGCUUCAUGAUUCCUAUAGCUUUCGUUCAGUCUCUUGCCAAUCUUGAAGGAAUCCAAAAAGUUCUCCCUUUCUUGAAGCCCCUUAUAGAGAUGAAGACUGUAAAGUCUGUAAUCCAAGGGUUUCUUCCAGGAAUAGCCUUGAAGAUCUUUCUCAUCAUACUUCCAACUCUUCUGAUGACUAUGUCUCAGAUUGAAGGAUAUACAUCACUUUCUUAUUUAGAUAGAAGAUCAGCAGAGAAGUACUUCUGGUUCAUUAUUGUCAAUGUCUUUCUUGGAAGUAUCAUUACAGGGACAGCGUUUCAGCAGCUUAAAUCUUUCCUUGAGCAACCACCAACAGAGAUUCCUAAAACAGUUGGUGUUUCAAUCCCAAUGAAAGCCACAUUCUUCAUCACAUAUAUCAUGGUUGAUGGUUGGGCUGGCAUUGCAGCUGAGAUACUCAGACUUGUUCCAUUAGUUGUUUUUCAUCUGAAAAAUGCUUUUUUGGUCAAGACUGAACAAGACAGGCAGCAAGCAAUGGAUCCAGGUCAUUUGGACUUUGCAACAUCUGAGCCUAGGAUUCAGUUUUAUUUCUUGCUAGGUCUUGUAUAUGCUGCUGUUGCUCCCAUCCUUCUUCCAUUCAUUAUCGUCUUCUUCGCCUUCUCCUAUGUUGUGUUCCGGCAUCAGGUUAUAAAUGUCUAUGAUCAGAAAUAUGAGAGUGGUGCAAGAUACUGGCCAGACGUGCAUAGACGAUUGACCAUAUGUUUAAUAAUAUCACAGCUUCUGAUGAUGGGUUUGCUCAGUACAAAGAAACUAGCUAAAGUAACAGUUCUGCUACUCCCUCAGCCUAUCUUGACCAUCUGGUUUUACAGAUACUGUGCAGGACGGUUUGAAUCAGCCUUCUCAAGAUUCCCUUUGCAGGAAGCAAUGGUGAAGGAUACACUAGAAAAAGCGACAGAACCAAACUUAAACCUCAAGGAAUAUCUGAAAGACGCUUACGUGCAUCCGGUUUUCAAAGGCAAGGACCUUGACCGACCACGAGUAGUAGAUGAAGAAGAGAGCAAUCCUCUUGUACCAACAAGAAGGACUUCUCAAGCCACGACCAGAUACAACUCAGAAGCUAGUAGCACUACGAACACUCCUGUAGCCAACAAGCAUAGUGGCUCUCCUGGAACAAUGUAACGCGCUCCUGUUGUGUCUCUUGUUGAUAUUGUAACAGUUUUAAAUUUUGUUUGAUGAUAUGUUUAGGGAGUUUGGUCAUUUGGAUAUAUAAUUGUUGUUUCAUUACAUUAAUUAAAUUCUCAAGACCUUUGCUUGUU